GUCCCGACCACCUCAAAUACUCCGAACCCCAGACCUUAAAAACACGACGUGUAGGAGGAUCCUUUUUUGGUUUUUUCUUAAUCUAAUAAUAAUCUGUGUUUGUGAGAUUAUGAUACAGGAGGGAAGAUGAGGAAAUUGUGUCCGAAUUUCGACAGGGAAGAUGGGCUGGAGACGAUCCUGGAGGUGCCGAUUCCGGACGAGAUGUUUGCGAGCAUGGGCAACAACGUCGCCGUCCGGUGGCAAACCUUGUCGACGUGGAUGAAGGCUCAGACUUCCGACAAGUGGUCGUCGCCGGUCAUCGUCGCCCGGUACAAUGAGAUGAGCUUCCUCCUCUACACCGUCGGAUCUCCCUUGAUCCCCGUCCAAGUUCACUUGGACCCCUCCGUUAACCGCCCUGUCAAACAUACCUCCAUUGAAGCGUCGACGGCGAAGUACAUACUAACACAAUACAUAGCGGCCACGGGAGGACAGGCGGCGAUAAACGCAGUGAAAAGCAUGUGCAUUAUAGGGCACAUAAAGAUUGGGACAUCCGAUUUUCAUCAGGGCGACCAAAACGUGAAGGCGAGGACGAACGAGGAGAGGGGCGGGUUCGUGCUUUGGCAGAAGAAUCCUGAUCUCUGGUGCCUUGAGUUGCUCAUCUCAGGCUGCAAGGUCAUCUCUGGGAGCAAUGGCAAGACUGUAUGGAGGCAAUCCUCAAAUCAACAGAGACCCAUCAGUAAGGGCUCUCCCAGACCCCUCCGUAGAUUCUUGCAGGGGCUUGAUCCGAGAUCCAUAGCCAACCUGUUCAUAGACGCAGUGUGCAUAGGGGAGAAGAUCAUAAACGACGAAGACUGCUUCAUCCUGAAGCUGGACACCCCACAGUCUGCUCUGGAAGCACAGAGUGCCCAAAACUACGAAACAAUCCACCACACCAUCUGGGGAUACUUCAGCCAGAGAUCAGGGCUUUUGGUGAAGUUCGAAGAUUCCAGGCUUCUGACUGUGAAAUCCGCCAGAGACGACGACGGAGUGUUCUGGGAAACCAGCAAUGAAUCUGUGAUCGAAGAGUACAAGUAUGUGGAUGGUGUUAAUAUCGCCCACGGUGGGAGGACUUCUGUCACGGUUUUCAGAUAUGGAGAGCAAUCGGCAAACCACAAGAGGGAGCUCCAAGAAACCUGGAAAAUUGAAGAGGUUGACUUUAAUGUUGAUGGUUUGAAUCAAGAGUUCUUCAUGCCACCAACAGACUUUAGCAAAGAUUGAUUCAUUGAUGGGGAUCAACAAUUUUUGUAUAUACUCAA